AUGGAUAUAGAAUACAAGUGUAAAUCAGGACAGACUCUGUAUUACUACAACAAAGUAACAGGACAACGCAAGUGGCCUUCGUAUGUAAAUUGCUCAAUAGAAGACAAGAAUAGUCAGCCAGUCAUCAACAAAGACUUGUGUACACAGACAGMUAUUGGUUGUCCUUCCAGUUUAGAGCAAAGCACAGAAACUUCACCUCAACAAAAUCCAUUUGUUAUCCAUGCAGAAGAUGCAGUUAAAGAUGAAGAAGACAGUAGCAUAGAUGGAGAUGGAAUUAUUGAUGCAAUGUUGAAAGUUCUUGAGGAAAUAACUGAUGUUAAUGAUGCUGAACAUUUCGUAGAGAUUACAAAUGACAAAAACAAUGAAACAGCAGAUAAAUAUGUCAACUAUAAAGAUAGUGGUGAGAAUAUGGAAAGUGUACUUCAAAAAGGAGAUGGGAAUGGGAUGGGAAAUGACGACAACAAUGAAGCAACAAAUACCUAUGUUAGCAAUAAAGAUAGUGAUGAGAAUAUGGAAAAUGUACUUCAAGAAGGAGAUGGGAAUGGGAUGGGAAAUGACAACAACAAUGAAAUAACAAAUACCUAUGUUAGCAAUAAAGAUAGUGAUGAGAAUAUGGAAUGUGUACUUCAAGAAGGAGAUGGAAAUGGCACUGAAUGUUUGGUUGUGUUUAAAAGUGACGAUAUUAAUGAAGCAACAGAUAUCUUUGUUCAUAACAAUGGUCAGAAGGAGAAUGCUUUGUCUCCUGCAGUGAAAGAAAACAAAAUUUAUUUUAAUUGUACUUAUUGCAGCAAGAAAUUUACCAACAAAUAUAAUUUGAAUGUUCACAUAAGAAUACACACUGGAGAGAAACCUUUCGAAUGUUCUUACUGCAAAAAGACAUUUACGCGAAGGGCACAUUUGCAAAGUCACGUGAUAUUACACACCGGAGAGAAAGCAUUUGAAUGUUCUUAUUGCCAAAAAAGGUUUGCCCAUAAGACCACUUUAAGAGAUCACCUAUAUACACACACUGGAGAGAAACCUCAUGAAUGUUCCUUUUGCAACAAGAAAUUUAUAAAGACAUCACAUUUGACAGUUCAUCUAAGAAGACAUACCGGAGAAAAACCUUUUGAAUGUUCUUAUUGUGAAAAGAAAUUUGCACAGACAUCAAAUUUGUCAUCUCAUCUAAGAACACACAUGGGAUACAAACCCUUUGAAUGUUCUCACUGCAAAAAGACAUUCACAACUAAGAAAGGUUUAAAGCAACAUUUGAGAAUACACASUGGAGASAAACCAUUUCAAUGUUCWYACUGCAAAAAGAAAUUCUUACGACGGUCAAAUAUGAACCGUCAUCAAAAAUUACACACUGGAGAGAAGCCCUUUGAAUGUUCUAAUAAUAGUUUAUUACAAGGAGCAUCCAUGGUGUGWAUUGGAAUACACACUGGAGAGAAACCUUUCGAAUGUUCUUACUGCAAAAAGACAUUUACGCGAAGGGCACAUUUGCAAAGUCACGUGAUAUUACACACCGGAGAGAAAGCAUUUGAAUGUUCUUAUUGCCAAAAAAGGUUUGCCCAUAAGACCACUUUAAGAGAUCACCUAUAUACACACACUGGAGAGAAACCUCAUGAAUGUUCCUUUUGCAACAAGAAAUUUAUAAAGACAUCACAUUUGACAGUUCAUCUAAGAAGACAUACCGGAGAAAAACCUUUUGAAUGUUCUUAUUGUGAAAAGAAAUUUGCACAGACAUCAAAUUUGUCAUCUCAUCUAAGAACACACAUGGGAUACAAACCCUUUGAAUGUUCUCACUGCAAAAAGACAUUCACAACUAAGAAAGGUUUAAAGCAACAUUUGAGAAUACACASUGGAGASAAACCAUUUCAAUGUUCWYACUGCAAAAAGAAAUUCUUACGACGGUCAAAUAUGAACCGUCAUCAAAAAUUACACACUGGAGAGAAGCCCUUUGAAUGUUCUAAUAAUGCAAAAUGA